UAUACCGUCCUUAAGUGUAGUCCUGCUGCUAGUGGUCUGCUUCCUUCAGACAUUCUUCUUUCAGGGCUGAGCCGCUGCUUAACUUUCUCAUACAGGGGUGAAGAAAACAAGGGGCCAACAUGUCUGACAAAAAGAUGACAUCGAGCCGCAGGCACCAUCUCAAGAGUUUGUUGCUUAGCAUUGCAAAGGGCCUUAUGGAUAAAGAAGCCGCUCAAGUAAUUGUAGAUAGGGAGAAUUACAUGGCAGAAACCUGCCCUCCUCUGUCCAUGCCCUCAUCUACAGCGGAACUGCAGGAACUGUGCAAGAAACUUCACCAUCAGAUCGACACGGUUGAUGAGGAGAGAUAUGACUUGCAGAGCAAAGUGGGCAAGGCAGAUAAAGAGAUUGAAGAUCUGAAGAUCAAGGUGGUCGACCUCAUUGGCAAGUUCAAGAAACCAGCGUUGAAGAAAGUGCGCAUGUCUGCCGAUCAGAUGCUUGGGGCUCUUCUGGGCUCCAAACACAAGGUGUCUCUGGAUCUGAGAGCCAACCUGAAACAAGUCAAGAAGGAGGUCAAAGAGGAGACUUCAGAUGUCGGCGACUGGCGUAAGAACGUUGAGGACAAGGCCGGUAUGGGCGGCAGGAAGAAGAUGUUUGAGGGCGAGGCCUAAAUUCCUAGACAUUUCUUUGUUUAAUUAUUUUAGGAAUUUGUCAGUGCUAUGCAAUCAUUUAUCUUUUUUUUGCCAUAGUUUCAAUGCCUCAAAUCAGCAUUUGUUUCAUGUAGUAUGUAUAUGUCCUGAAAGAGAAUUGUGUAUCAUCGCUGAGCCACGACCAUUAAAUGAAUGCUUUGGAGGAAAA